CCGUCCUAAAAUAACCGUAGCUAUGGAUAGGACAAUAGGCAAUACAAUGGAAGGGCCGUCCGUAAAUGACUAAGACUGUUGACACAACGAUAGAAAUACUCCAGGAAGGCCGUCCUAAAAUAACCGUAGCUAUGGAUAGGACAAUAGGCAAUACAUUGGAAGGACCAUCCAUAAAUGACCACGACUGUUGAUAGAACGAUAAAAAUGCACAGAGAGGGCCGUCUUCACGUGAUCAAAGCUGUUGAUAGGACGUGAAGCAAGUAUUUGAGGAUUUCUUCAGUAGCCGUCCACAGUACGCAGCACUGUUUCAACCGAGACACAAAAGACAACUCUCUAUGCAUGGCAUGUUAGAGGAACUGCUUCACCUGCAGGAGGUAGUAUUGGAAACACAUUGUCAGAAUAACAGUACCGUAUGUGAAACAGGACGGAAGGGAAUUCCUGGUCCUAAGGGAUUCACAGGAAUCACGGGAUCUCGGGGAGACCUUGGUGACGUAGGUCCCCAAGGUCAAAUGGGGGGUCAAGGAGAUAAAGGUCAGCCUGGCACAGCAGGUCUAAUUGGAGAGACUGGAAUUGCUGGUACUCCAGGUAUUAAUGGCGCGAGAGGAACCCCUGGUCCAAAAGGAGAUAUGGGCGAAAUAGGAGCAACAGGUACACACGGUGAUAUGGGUCCAGUCGGAAUGAAAGGAGAAAAAGGAGAGAAGGCCGCACGAGGAUCAAAAGGUGAUACAGGGAUCCCAGGACAAAAUGGUACCAAUGGCGCCGAUGGAGACUUAGGUUCCCAAGGACCAAAAGGUCAGAAGGGUGAUCCGGGACAUGUGGGGCCUCCAGGAGUUAUCCUCGACAAAGACUGCACGUGCAAAGGCAAUUUUGUCUCGACCACAACAGUACCAACAACAAUUGGGACAACGAAAUCGUCGAUUACCGGAACUGUUGACCACGUCCGAAUUCUUGACCCUGUUCACCUCCAGUGUUUGACCACGCCUUCUCCUGGUCAGACAAUUACUUGGGAGAAAAUAGGCGUUCCGAUGAGCGCUCGUUAUGACGUCACCACGGACACUAACAUCCUUUCGAUACCGGAAGUGUAUGCUUACGACACCGGAAGAUACCGGUGUACUGCGACAUCCCAAACCGGAAAUACUAUCCAAGCCACGAUUUCUUUGAAAGUAGACGGUGUGACACAGUACGACUGUAGUUUUGAGGUUAACACAUGUAAUUGGAAACAGAGCCCGACGGAUGACCUUGACUGGACUCGCAAUUCUGGCCCAACCGACUCCACAUCUACAGGGCCCGACACUGACCAUACGGUUGGAAGGGGUAAAGAGGGGUACUAUAUGUACCUGGAGACGUCCAGCUAUAUAGUUGGACAUAAAGCGGACCUGGUGUCACCAAUCGUCGACCACACAAAAACGUAUUGUGCAAGUUUUUGGUACAACAUGAACGGCAUCCAAAUAGCUCACCUCAGCCUCAUCGCCAAGGAGAAUACCGAGACUACCCUGUGGACCAGGGGCGGAAAUCAAGAUGCGAAUUGGCACUCCGUCCGUGUGGAACUUCCACCCCGGAAUAGCGACUACAAUUUGGUCUUCAGGGCAACACAAGGAAACGGUUACCAUGGUGAUAUUGCCAUCGACGAUCUGACGGUCCGAGAAGGAAACUGUUAAAAUUUGAUACAAAUUUAAAACGAUUUAGUGGCAAUAUAUAUAGUGUAUAUGAAUCUUAUUCUUUAGCAAUCUUACGAUGGUUAUUGUGCCUUUUUGAACGUCAAUAAAUCUAAAUUU